UAACUACCACUGGCUGCAGGCAAGUUACUGAGUUAAAAAGACUGUCACCCGUGGGUAAAGUUGAUGAAUUACGUGAAGUUGACCCCUGCAACUGGACAACGCCCUGCCCCAACCCAGGGCGGGCUGGGGUACACUGCUCUUGUUGUCACACUCACUGCCAGUCACACAGCUGUGGACCAGGAGGCUUAGCAAAGUGCCAGACUAAGAUGGAGGACAGUGACCAGUCUGAUCCCACCCUCCUAACAGACAUGACCCCAGAAGGUCAAGAUAUCAAGGACUCUUCAGCAAGACAACCUAUCUCCUCAGUAGGCAUGGGUUCCCCAGGGAGCGAUGCACCAGAUCAACUUACCAUGGUUGAGGAGAUGGUGAUGGAGAUGAAGUCUGGCUUUGUCACAGUCCUGGAGGAACUAGCCAAGAUACAGUUUGAUGAGAGGAAACAGAAGGAGUGGCUGGAGAGAGCGAGCCAGUAUGAGACACAGAUUGCUCAGCUGACAGAUACUGUGGAGUCUCUCAAGGUUGAGUUGAGUAAGAUGUCUGAACAGAUGAAAACGUAUGGCGAACAUAAGGAUAUUUUGUUGCAGGAGCUACAACGCAAUGGUCACCUGUCCAAUCACUGCAGGGAGCGUCUGAACCUUAAGGCAGAGGUGACAACCCUACAGAGUGACUUUGACAGUGGGGUGAAUCUCCCUCAGCAGUGCGGCUCCUCAGGGGGUGCCACUACACCCCCAGGGUUAUCUCCCAUGGUCAAACCAUUCAUGGAAAGCUUGCCCACAACCAAUGGGGUAAAACACGGAGAAGAUCACUAUGAUUCAGACUCUGUCUCCAUUACUGCUCUGGCCAAUCGUAGCCUACAGCUGUCAGAGACACUGAGAGCAAAGUACCAGGAUGCGAGCUCACGAGAAUCCAGCAAUGGAGAUGAGCAGGAGAACAGCAGUUUUGAGGAUACUUUGCUGUCUGUGAAUAAAAUGAAUGGUGGACAGCAGUAUCCAGGAUUGACCAGUAAGAAUCAGUUACAUGACCAGGCUUUUUCAGAAAAGCAGAGGCAAAGAUUAACGUCUGAAAUUUUGUCGUCUGAAAGAAAGUACUGCUCGACCCUGUGGACCCUGAUAGAUGACUACAUCAGCCCCCUGAGACAGAUGAAUCUGAUGUCCAGCCAUGAGCUGAACUGUAUCUUCCCACCCUACCUCACCCAGAUGUACGCGCAGCAUUGCUCCAUUCUCAGGAAGCUGGAGGAUCGUGUUCUCAACUGGCGCUGGAAUGGUAUCGUCGGCGAUAUAUUUGCUAAACUGACAGACACGCAGGAGAAUGACCUUUUAACCUUGUAUCGUGACUAUGUCAGUGAUUUCCCAACAGCCCUGAGUAACCUUAACACCUGGAAAAUGAAGUCCAAGAAAUUCAGCAGCUUUCUUAAGAAUCAUCACCAUGGUCCAGGCUCUGAGGGAACUGAUGUGACCACGCUGAUAUUAGCGCCGGUCCAGAGGCUGGCACAUUAUGUACUCCUUAUUAAGGAUUUGUUGCGAUUCACGGAUGACAACCACUCUGACCGUUAUUACCUGGUGGCCUCUUUAGCAAUCCUGAGAAAUUUCCUCAACCAGCUUAAUGAGGAAAUCCAGCAUGUGGUCCAGCUUGUGGAGGAGAACAGACGGUCCAGCCAAUCAACGGCAGCCUCAGUGAAGUCUAGUGCCAGUAGUAAUGAGGUGAUUAAUGUGCUGAGUGCCAGGGACAGUGGUAUUCACUCCACAGGGGAGGAGAUUGUCAAGCUACAUCAAUCCCCACCACCGAGACAACUUGUGUCGCGCCGUAACCAGAAGCCUGAAAACCUGAAGUACAGCAGACAAGGAAUGGACUCAUACAGCAGGCGACUACGGCUGGCAACCAGCCAGCCUAAUAUCAACCGACUGAUUACCCCGCACCAGAGACAGGAAGCUCCUCACAGGGAGCGCUCCAGACGUUCCCAGGGGCGCAAGACGGUAGAUUCCUUCCCCAUGAUGCAGAGCUUACUGCCUCAACGGUCGGCUUCCCCGAGCGUACGCCACUCAGCGGUUCCCCGCCUUCAGCUGGAGGACUAUUAUGAGCCGAUGGUGGUGGCGGAGUCACGGUCGUAUAGGGAGGAGCCUAUGUACCAGCGUCCUCGCUCAGUGGUGGGGCAGUCCUACAUGUAUGAGGAUUACGAGAUGGACCGCCUGGCUCAGCUUGCACAGAACCGCCCCCAUUCGGCCACAGAGGAAGUGCUGCUCAGGGACAGCAUGUUCCACACAGAUGCAGAGUUGCAGCUGCAGCGCAUGCUCGAUCUGCAGGAGAACAAUUACCCACCAUCAGCAAAACGCAACGUAAAAGCUAGGGAUCGCUUAUCCCUGACGCCUGACGAGGAGCAUUAUGGUAGCCAUGGUGUGCGGAAUGGUCGCCCUCGUGACCUGGGGAAACUGACCGGUAUUGACCACUUGAUUGAGUCUGGGCUGCUGAUGAGGUCACAGUCUCCCCAGGGUGGAUUUAGCACACACAGGGAAGACGCUUACACUCAUGAUUACGGGAUAUUUGGUGACAACGAUGAUGUGGAGGAAGAUGAUGAUGGUGAUUACAGACCUGCUACGUUGUCAUCAACGAUGGAUCCAGUGUUGUCUUCAGUAGACGAUGGGAGGAGCAUUUCGAAGUCUAAGAGUCAAGGCAAUGUUCCUGUCUCAUUGACCAAUGGCUAUCAGCUUGAGGAACAUGCUAAUGAUAAUUCACCCCGGGAUCAUGCUUUGCCAUCAGCCUCUAACACAAACAUGCACUCUGACUAUUCUGUGUCCGAUGACCAGCUCCAGACUCUAGCAGAACAAAACAUGCAGUCACAGCAGCACAUCACCACAAAGACUUUACUGGAGAUGACACGUGGUAAACUGACACCUGUCAAACCUCCCGAUCAAUCACAGGCUGAAGCGGGUAUGGCUGACCCUCAUCAGGAGGAGCAAUUAGCCGUGACGUCCAUCCCACCCAUGCCCUCCACCCUGCCACGCCCUGACUCAAGGCAGGGCAAAGUCACGCCUUUGAAGCUACCCAAGAAAAAGACUCAGGACAAAGCUAAGAUUGGCUUCUCCAAUACCCUGUCCAGAUCCGUCGAUGAUGUCUCCAAAAAUAAGAAGAAGAACAGCAUUAGAGAUUCUCUGAAAAAUAUUUUCAACAAAAAAAAAUCUGAUAAUAAGGCAUGUGAGAAUGACGUAUCAAAUGGUCUGGUUUGCAAACCAUUGAUGGAGGAGGUAAACACUCUAUGUAAAUGUCAUGCAACUUCUGCUGGCAAAGAGACUAGUUCAUAACUGCAUGUAGGUCAAGGUCAAAUAGGCCGAAGGUGAGACAUUGGCCAGUUGGUUUGAAACAGUUGGUUUGGAACAGUUGGUUGAACAUGUAACAAGUUUAUAGCUGUAACCAGUUGUUCAUCAGACAAGACCUUGUUGUCUGUUACAUUGUAUGCGAGGGGAAGUUUUCUGUAGGUGCCUUUGCAUUUGUUCUGUUUUCUGUUUGGGUUCUUCUUGAAAACUUUAAAGUUUGUGGGAUGUUUUUGUUCCGUUGUAUUUGGUCCAGGUAUUAACGUUUGUUUUUUCGUUUCUUGUUCCAGUUUAUCAUUAAUCUGUAAACUUGUGAUAUUUGUAGCAAACGUCAACAACCUAAGAAUAACCUGAAGAGUAAUCAUCAUCUGCUCUUCCACUUUAUCAAACAUUCCUCAGAGAAGUGUCUUGACGGAUAAACUGUUGGCUGAAAUAGAAUUUCCCCGCUAAUAACUCAAUACAGAUAAACCUCUGUUCUUAAAAAUGUUAAUGUAAUUAAGAAAAGGGUAAAGAGACCAUCUGUAACCAUCUGUCAGAAAGGUCUAAUAUUUGAGAAUCCUUAUUUGCCAAUGUUUAUCCAAUUAUCCAAAGGGUACUCCCAUUUCCUCUAUCCAUGAUUCUGGCCACCACCAUGUAAGCCAAAAAUUCUGGAGUAUCAGAUAAAGCGAUGAUACAUUUGAGGUUUGCUCAAUGUACUAUCUGGUAAUUUCACUCAGAUUGUUAGUGGAUCCAAAUUGAACCUAGCUAGCUGUUGUUUAUUUUGUUAUGAAUUCUGCUAAUACCCGUCUUCUGAUCACAGGGGGACCAGUCAGUCAGCGGCACCCAGUGUGGAUUCGGGGAAUCCCUCCAGUUCUGAGACCAAACCAUCACAACCCUCGGCAGAGCCUCAAUCUACACAACUCCCAGCAGAGCCUCUGCCCAAGGUUCCACCCCUCGCCAGCCCUGACACAGACUUAGCAUUCUCCCCUGAUGCCGCCCCACGUUCUCCAGACUGGGUUCUCCAGGGCUCCCAUCUCUCGCAGCUUACUCUCACCCCUUUGCCUAGACAGAAGCCCCCGAGGAAGCCCCCACGGGCUCGCCGCCCAGCCACCCUGACAGGCACAUUUCGUGACGAGACUGGAGAACCCUACAGCCCUGUCUGAGCUACCUGUAGAAGAACCCUACAGCCCUGACUGAGCUACCUAUAGGAGAACCCUACCAUGUUCUCUGAGAUACCUGUAGGAACCUGGUUGAUGUGAGACUUCGGCUAUAAGCCCACACCACACACUGGAAAAACAUUUGCUGUGCCAGAAUGGAAGACUCAUGACACGUAGUCUGGAAAAAAUUCUUCAUAAUUUUGUGUCAGCAGGCUGCACCCAUUUCUGUAUCAGAUAUUUUGGCAUGCCAAUGCAGAUUUUGUAUUGACACACAUGCCAGCUCACAAGUAUUAUGCGAUGCCCUGUUUUCGCUGAACAUUGUUGAUUCGGUACUCAAUUUCCUUGUAGCAAAUGUUUUUCUUUGGGACCAUAGUAUAACACAAAACAAAUUUUUUGUUACAUCAAAGCUUUUGAUGCAGCAUAGAUCUGAUCCCACCAGUACACAACAAAGCUGCUUGAGGGAAGCAUCAGUUGCAGUGUUUCUGUACGGAAUCGGUAUGCAAAUGUCCAUGUAUGACCUGUAACAUACUAGAGCAGUUUUUGCCGCACGUUACAUGAUUGCGACAGAUUAUGGUCUCAGUCAUAUGCACUGCCACACCCAUCCAUGUCGAUGAAAUGUGGUUUAUGAAGUAUUUGAAAAUUGCAACCGGUUGUACUUGGAAUUGCUCCCUGAAAGUAUAAAGUGUAAACUGAACACCUUAUUAUGGGGUGUGUCAUCAUGACACCAUUUCUAUGGUGAAAAAAGGUUUUGGUAUUAUGUAGUAAAUAAUCUGGUUUAGUUUUGUCCUUAUACAUCAUAAACAUUUUUAUGUUAAAAAAUUUACACUUUUAGUUUUCAGCUGUCUCUCAGAAUAAGGUUUUUUUUUUUAUCGUUUUCAUCAAUUUACUAUUUUUUAAUUAUGGCAAAAAAAUUCAUCGUUGCACUUCUAAUUUGACAUUUUCAUCCAGUAAGAUUCUUCCUUUUGUUUUUUUGACAGAGCGUAUACACAUAUGAGAAUUUUCUAAGCUUCGUCACUCAUUAGAAAGCUUCACUUCAAGGUGUGACUACAUUUAUGUGCAGCACAUAUAUAUUACACACUUAAUGUGUCAAAUUCAUCAUUGAGUAUAAGCAAACUAUUCUCAUAUAUGUCGGUAACAGGGACAGAUUAAUAGAGCUAUUAACGUGUUCUAAAUCCGUAUCAGUCAUGCUAGUACACUUGCUAUUUAACGAGAGCAGACUGGUUCUGUUCUGUUUUAAUGUAUUAUUUAUGUACACCAGUGCCUUAUUUCUAUAUACAUAUAUGGUUGUCUGCACUAUUUAGCUGUAUAUAUCCUGUUAUCAUGCAGUUGGACUAUUACAUUCUUCAUUACUGGCUGACUUUGUAAUGUAUAUUUUUGAGAUAAAUCUAUAAAAAAUUGUUGUAUGUAAGACAGAGGAUAUCAAAUCACCACAACUGUUUCACCACAGUGAUUCAAGAGUAUUUAAGUUUUGUAGAAUAUUGAACAU